AGAAAACGUCCGAGUCUCAUUUUUCUACCUCAGUCACUGACAUCCAUAACGGUCUUUCAUUUUUAAGAAAGCAGGCUUUCUACACUGUCUCUAAUAUCAUUAUGUCCUGGAAACUGGGUAGGAGCAAGAAGUCUUCAGUCUACAAUUUACUGGCUGAAGACGUCGUGAAUGCUCGUUCUAUUACCCCCACUCCCGGAAAUCCCGAUGGUACUCCCAGCUCCAGCUCGAGGUCUGGUCUUCUUGCUAUCCGCGUUCUAUCUGCGGAAGGUCUAGCGCUUCCUCCUGGCAUUGCCACUCCCGCGGUUGUACAAAAAGCGCUGUCAUCCCAACAGGCAAAAGUUGCUUCAUCUGUUUCCCCAUCUAGCGUUCAGCAAUCGAGACUUGCCAAGACCCGAGGGAAUCGCGAUAGUAUCCAGAGAACUCAAUGUUGGUGGCUUCCCUACCUCGUAAUGGAGUACGAAGUAAACCAAGUUCUCAUCAUACCCCUUGGCGGCGACCUUGAGAAGCCGGUAUACAUGUAUCAAGCUCAUUUUGAUGUAUCUCGGAAUGCCGAAAUAUCCUUACAGUGCUACCUCAGGGCCGAUGAGCCCAAACGUGGCAUUGACGGAUUAGCAGAUGACCUUGGAAACGAUAUAUUUAUGGGAGGAAUUAAAUUCGUUCCCGACUUUGAGAAUAUGGGCACUCAGGACCAAUGGUAUGACUUUGUUGGGGGCGCGGGCAAGAUUCAAAUUGGGGUUGCUUAUCAACCUACCUAUGGAGGAUCUCUGACGGUCGAUGAUUUUGAACUCAUCACCGUCAUCGGCAAAGGCAGCUUUGGCAAAGUAAUGCAAGUCCGAAAGCGGGAUACGUCACGCAUCUACGCCCUCAAGACCAUUCGGAAGGCACAUAUUGUUCACCGAAAUGAGAUAACGCACACUCUCGCUGAACGCCUUGUUCUUGCUCAAGUGAACAGCCCAUUCAUCGUGCCCCUCAAGUUUAGCUUUCAAUCCGAACAAAAGCUUUACUUGGUCCUCGCAUUCGUCAAUGGGGGAGAACUCUUCCAUCAUCUUCAAAGGGAACAGCGGUUCAAUGAAGAACGUUCUCGAUUCUACAGUGCUGAACUUUUGCUUGCCUUGGAGCAUCUCCAUGAGUUAGACGUUGUUUACAGGGACCUCAAACCGGAGAAUAUUCUUCUAGAUUUCACAGGGCAUAUUGCUCUAUGUGACUUCGGUCUUUGUAAACUCAAUAUGAAGGCUAACGACAAGACAAACACGUUCUGUGGAACUCCAGAAUAUCUUGCGCCAGAGAUCUUGAACGGUCAUGGGUACAACAAAACGAUUGAUUGGUGGACCCUAGGCGUUUUGCUCUACGAGAUGAUGUCCGGUCUUCCUCCCUUCUAUGACGAGAUAACGGAUAAGAUGUACGAGAAGAUUCUCCGAGACCCCCUUGUGUUCGGUCCAGAAAUCGGUGACGAAGCUCAAAGUAUUCUAACUGGGCUCCUGAACCGCGACCCUACUCAGCGACUCGGUGUAAAUGGCGCGGAAGAAAUCAAGAAGCAUCCGUUCUUCCACAACCACAUCGAUUUCAAGAAAUUGGCCGAGAAGAAGAUUCAUCCUCCGUACAAACCUAGUGUCGCCAGUCCAGUGGAUGUUUCCAACUUCGAUACGGUCUUCACAACCGAAGCUCCUGUAGACAGUGUUGUGGAAGAUUCCAAUCUGAGUCAAACUGUUCAAGAUCAGUUUUCAGGUUUCUCUUAUAACGGCACUAAUAUGCCUCUCAGCCCGGUCUGACCCACGCUCAUUUGCCCAUUCUAGAUUAUCAUAUACCAACAUAUGCCUCGUUGAUUUGCUCACAUGCUCUGCUCUCAGUUUAUUUAAGUAUCGAUCUAUAUAAUAUUCCUGUCCAUCAUUGUACCUUAUGGCACUUAGUACUAUCCCUCGCAUGACAUCGCUCCUUUCGUUCUAUAUCUAUUUAUUAUUAACUAUACAAGU